GUUGAUGAAGAUCUAGUAAAGAAUUCAGGCAAGUUUUUGGUCCUGGACCGCAUGCUUCCAGAACUGAAAAAGAGAGGACAUAAGGUGUUGUUGUUCUCACAAUUGACUAUGAUGCUUGACAUUUUGAUGGAUUACUGCUAUCUUAGAGACUUCAAAUUUAGUCGACUGGAUGGCUCUAUGUCCUACUCAGAGAGAGAAGAAAAUAUGCAUCAAUUUAAUACUGACCAUGAAGUCUUCCUGUUCUUAGUGAGUACAAGAGCUGGAGGCUUAGGCAUCAACCUCACUGCGGCAGACACGGUUAUCAUUUACGACAGUGACUGGAACCCCCAGUCGGACUUGCAGGCCCAAGACAGGUGUCACAGAAUUGGCCAGACAAAGCCCGUUGUUGUUUAUCGUCUUGUGACAGCAAAUACUAUUGACCAGAAGAUCGUGGAGAGAGCUGCUGCCAAAAGGAAGCUGGAGAAACUGAUUAUCCACAAAAAUCAGUUUAAAGGUGGCAAAUCUGGUCUAGCACAGUCAAAGAGCUGCUUGGACCCUCAGGAAUUAAUAGAAUUGCUGAAAUCCAGAGACUAUGAGAGGGAGGUUAAAGGAUCUAGAGAAAAAGUAAUCAGUGAUAAAGACCUAGAGUUACUCUUGGAUAGAAGUGAUCUUAUUGAUCAAAUGAAGACCUCUGAAAACAUGAAAAAGGAAAAGAUGGGUGUAUUUAAGGUCCUAGAAGAAUCUUCAAAUUCCAAUGCAGAAUGUGUGUUUUAA